AUGGCGGCAGAGUUGACAAAGCGGGUUCAGGGAAAACCCGAACAACGAAAGCUAGAAAUCAUAAUAGGCGACUUCGUCAAAGCCGAUCUCCCUUUUUUCGACGUCUGCAUAUCCAACACGCCGUACCAAAUCUCCUCCCCACUCAUCUUCAAACUUCUCUCGCAUCGCCCACUUCCCCGAGUAUGCAUCCUAAUGUUCCAACGGGAGUUCGCUUUACGACUUGUUGCCAAGCCUGGAACGGAACUUUGGUCGAGACUUUCCGCGAAUGUUCAGUUGUACGCUAAAGUGGAUUAUCUCAUGGCCGUCAGCAAGAACAGUUUCCGUCCGCCGCCAAAAGUUGAAAGUAGUGUCGUGAGGGUUGCGCCCAGAGAUCCACCCCCGCCGGUAAGGUUCGAGGAGUUUGACGGUCUUGGAAGAAUUAUUUUCAGCCGAAGAAACAAAACAUUACAUGGAGGGUUCAUGGCCAAGGGUGUUAUUCCAAUGCUGGAGAAGAAUUAUAGAACUUGGUGCUCUGAGACGAAUCGGAUAGUUGAGGACGAACUUGACAUGAAAGCCAAAAUUGAAAAGGUCCUGGAUGAGACAGGAAAUACCGAGAACCGUGCAGCAAAAAUGGAUGUCGACGACCUAUUAAAAUUACUUUCUGCCUUCCAUGAUGCUGGGAUACAUUUUGCUUAA